AUGGCAGAUGGUACCUACAGGUUCCAGCAGCCUGGGGCCGGGCAAUUCUAUUUCCAAACACAACCGCACCAACACUCGCACCAACGACACGCCAUUCCGAACGGGACCAAUUCCCCGGGACGACUGAAGCUCACCCACGACACUCCAUCCCCUUCUCGAUCGCCACCAGUGAACCAAUCAGCCGCUCUGAACACUCUCGCCAUGUACGGUCAACAACAACAUGUCAUGAUGAGUGGCGGCCAGGGCCACCAGCGCUUUGGCAUGCAGAUCGCCAAGUUUCAGUCACAAACCCAUCACCCUCACCACCCUCAACAACAACAUCACCAUCCCCACCAUGCCCAAGCGCAGCACAAUAUCUCCCAACAUACCUUCUCCGGUGGAACCCUCGCCACGACAACCCCGCAUUUCACGACCAGCCACAUCCAAAAUGGAGGGCCGUCCGCGGUGGACGAGGACAUGGAUGAUCAGAUGAGUGAGCAUUGGGCACGGCAACUCCAGCUUGCCGCUGAAUCGCGACAGGCUAGUUCUCCCCACUACCACGCUCGGGCUAUGGCACAGCAGUCCAAGGGGAUUUCGAUCAUGCCUAGCCAAAACGACCCCUCGGAACAUGGAAAUGAUGCUCGGAAUGGAACCCCCGCAAAGAAGUCAGCCUCGCGACAGGGUUGGAAUGCAAUCGAUUUUGGUGGACAGGGCCUGCGUGCUGUGGCCCCCUCACUUUUCAACUACGACUUCCUCGAGAAGCUGUAUCUCAACCACAACAAACUGAAGACGCUUCCCCCGGCGAUUGGCCAACUACGCAAACUUACUCACCUUGACUUGUCCGGUAAUGACCUCACCGAGCUCCCCGAGGAGAUCGGCAUGCUCUCCAACCUUAAGAACCUCCUCCUUUUCGAUAACCACAUCCGCACUCUCCCUUACGAAAUGGGUUAUCUGUACCGCCUGGAGACAUUGGGAAUUGAGGGAAACCCCCUCAACGAUGUGCUCAAGUCUCAGAUCAUGAAGGAUGGAACGAAAGCCUUGAUCAAGUAUCUCAAGGAAGAGAUGCCAGUUCACAUUCCUCCGCCUGAUCGUGAUUGGGUAAUUCUUGAUGAAACCCAGAGCUCCAAGGACGCCCCCGCCGAGAAGAUCACAGUCCUUUCCUACAACACCCUUUGCGAUUCUUCCGCAACUGCAUCUCACUACGGCUACGCACCUGCUCGUGUCCUUUCUUGGGAGUUUCGCCGGGAACUCAUCCUUAAUGAAUUACGAUCCCACAGCUCGGAUAUCGUCUGUCUUCAGGAAGUUGAUCAAGGAAGCUACAACAAUUUCUUCCGCGAGCAGCUUGCUUACAACGAUUACAAGGGCGUUUACUGGCCCCGUGGGCGCGCAAUGGGAAUGCACGAAGAUGAUGCCAAAACCAUUGAUGGCUGUGCCACAUUCUUCAAGGCAUCCAAGUACAUCCUGCUGGACAAGCAUUUGAUCAACUUUGGUCAAACCGCCGUUCGACGACCAGACGCGAAGGGACAGGAUGACAUCUACAACCGACUGUGGCAGAAGGACCACAUUGCUGUUGUGAUCUUCCUGGAGAACCGAUUGACCGGAGCACGAUUCAUGGUCGUCAAUGCCCAUCUCUACUGGGAUCCGGCUUUCAAGGACGUCAAACUCAUUCAAACCGCCAUUCUCAUGGAGGAGAUCACAAAGCUUUCGGAAAAUUGGACCAAGCAUCCUCCUUGCGUGGACAAGGCUAAAUUCCGCUUCUCCGAGGCCGAAAGUGGUUCUGAAACGACCCCGACAGUAGAGCCGGCGCCUUCUAAGGAAUACACCAGUGGUGAUCAGAUCCCGCUUCUCAUGUGUGGUGAUUUUAAUUCCUCACCCGGAUCUGCAGCGUACAACUUGAUCGCCAGUGGACGUCUGACUGAGGAACACCCCGAUCUGGAGAAACGACUGUACGGCAACCUGAGCAAGAUUGGAAUGACUCAUCCGUUCAAGCUGAAAUCGGCCUAUGGUUCCAUUGGAGAGCUCAGUUUCACCAACUACACUCCCGAUUUCAAGGAUAUUCUGGACUAUGUGUGGUACUCAUCCAACACCCUGUAUGUGUCGGCGUUGCUUGGGGAGGUGGACAAGGACUACCUUCGCAGGGUGCCUGGAUUCCCCAAUUUCCAUUUCCCAUCUGAUCAUGUCGCAUUGUUUGCGGAGUUUACUGUAAAAGAGAAAAAGGGCAAGGUUGUGGAUGCGGAUUUCGGGCCGCAACGGCACUGA